AUGUCAUUGAGAGCUAUUGAGUUGUGCCCAGCCGUGUGUCCAACCGCAGUUAAACCAACAUGUCAAGUAGGAAAAGUUGCUGUACCUGUAGAUACUACUUGUAAUUGUACCAGUUACACAUGUGUGAGCCGUGUCCCGUUAGACUAUGGACCUGCAGUCUGCUGGUACAAACACUCUAAUGGUUCAAGCCUUUCCUUCAAGGUGAAUGAAACCUGGACAGAUGGAGUUUGUAAAUCCUGUGAAUGUGAGAAACGACUGGGAGGAAAUAUCGAGACAGUGUGUCACCGAGAGAGAUGUAAAGCCUGCCCUCUGGACACAACGUUAGACCACAGUGACCCUAACAGCUGUUGUGGUACAUGUAAAGAGACAGGGUGUAUGGUGGAUGGACAUGUUUACAGCGAUGGAGAGGCAAUACCAAACGCAAUGAAAUGCUAAACAAAGACUUGUUCAGCAAGUUCAUCUGGCUUCCUCAUAAAGGAAACACAAAUACAAUGUCAAACAGACAAUCUCCCAGCAUGCCAAGGGAAUACAACAGAGUAUGACCAAUCAGGUUGCUGUCCUACAUGUGUACUAACACCUACGAGUUCCAACCUUGUAGGUUCCAGCAAUAGCUGUUCAACCUGUCAACCAACUCUACAGUUUACAAACCCAGUAUUGACAAUAGGCUACUUCACUCUGACAGAAGGAACUGUGACAUGUAAAAAUGAGCAACCUGUAGCGGAUCUCAUGCAGUGCUCGGGUCAUUGUGAGUCCCAGGCCACUUAUACAAACGUUAUGAAGGGCUUCACAAAUAAGUGUAAUUGUUGCCAGCCCAUACGAACUGUGACAAGGAGUGCCGUUCUUACGUGUUCUGACAAAUCUACACGAACCAAAUCGUACACCGUUUCCGAGGUUUGCGGAUGUAGGGCCUGUACCAGUUGAACCUAAUUGGACGAUUACAAUUAAAUCUCAUUUGUCUCCCGUUAUGACCAGUAUUUAGUUUAAUGAACACAUUUUAUACAAAGACAUUUUUAUUGAAUAUAUUUUUUUAAACUUCUCAUCCUAGUUUGUAUAUAUAUUUUUAUGCUAUUUUGUUGUUGUUCAUCUUCAAUCUCAUGUUAUAUAAAUAAAUGCAACUG